GGCAGUCACGCCAGUUAAGAGUCGGUCAUGCAGGGCGUGAGGACGGUCGUGAGACAGUUGAGCGCGGCGUCUGCCGCCACGGCGCGCAAGAUCGUCAUAGCGCGCCACUUCCAGGGAGACCCCAAGCCGGACGACUUCCGGCUGGAGGAGGAGGUGUUGCCGCCACUCAGAGAUGGCCAGAUUCUGUGCGAGGCCGCCUACCUCAGCGUCGACCCCUACCAGCGGGCUUACAAGCACCGCCACAAAGUCGGCCAGCCCAUGAUCGGGUCGCAAGUGGCGCUCAUCGUGGAGAGCCGUUCCCCAGAGUUCCCAGUGGGUAGAUAUGUGGUGGGCUACUGGGGCUGGCGUGACCGUACAGUGGCCGAGACGAGGGCCAACCGGGACAUGUGGGCACCAAUGCUAGUCCCGGAGCUGGGCGACCUGCCACUGUCACUGGCACUGGGUGUGCUGGGCAUGCCCGGCAACACAGCCUACUUUGGGCUGCUCGAGAUCUGCCAUCCCAGGCCUGGGGAGGUGGCUGUGGUCAGCGGCGCAGCGGGGGCCGUCGGCUCCGUCGUGGGGCAGAUCGGUCGCAUCAAGGGCUGCAAGGUCAUUGGGUUCGCCGGCUCUGACUCCAAGGUAAACUGGUUGCGAGAUGAACUGGGUUUCGACCACGCAUUCAACUACAAGACGGUAGACGUCGGAAAAGCGCUGAAGGAAGUCGCACCUGAUGGGGUGGACAUAUAUUUCGACAAUGUGGGCGGUCAACAGAGCAGCGCUAUCAUCUACAAGAUGCGAACCGGAGGCCGAAUUUCGGUCUGUGGAUCCAUCUCCAGCUACAAUGACACCAAGAUCCCCUCUGCACCCAUCCUGCAGCCGGCGAUGGUGUUCAGCGAGCUCAAGAUGGAAGGCUUCCUGGUCAACCGCUGGCUGGAUCGCUGGGAUGAGGGCAUUAAGCAGAACAUGCAGUGGAUUAAAGAGGGAAAGCUGAAGUACAAAGAGACGGUCACAGAAGGGUUUGAAAAUAUGCCGAAGGCUUUCAUCGGUAUGCUCAAGGGAGAAAAUCUGGGCAAGGCAGUUGUCAAGGUGUGAUGACGUGUACACAGCCGCGAGACCUCAUGUUGUUUCGUGAUACCCUGUACUGCCAAGUCACCGUAGUCCCGUAUUAAAUUGCUUACGUGUAACUGUUAUAAUGUUAGUUUGAAGUAUUGUCGUCCUUUGCUGCUAUUGCAGUCACCCAAGACGACGUUAUCCUUGAUGGUUCGUAACAUUUCAUUCACUUCAAAACACAGUCUGUCUGAAAAGGGGAAGGGAUAGUUCUAAAAGUGCGCUUCGGCGACGCUAGCUGAGAACUGCGAAACUAUUUGAUGGGCUUCACCAUUCAUAGUUACUGGAAUGCAAACGAGUACAAUGAGACCAAAAUUAAGCUAAAAGGACGCUAUUAAGUGCGUCGUCCGCCGACGGUCGGAACAAACGCCCCAUAGAGUGUGUGUUACACGACGCGCGAACUAGAGAAUAAUCAAUUAGACCACAGCUUGGUACUACUUGGCAAACUAUUCUAAGACUCUCGCUGUGGUUCGAAGUGCAUCGCAACACACAACAUUCCAAGGAGUAAGCGUACUUUCAGAUGCAUCAUGUAUUACGGUGUGAAGUGAGUAUGUAAUGAACGCCUUCCUUAUUUUCGUGAAGACCCUUAACACGAAUGCACGUAUCGACCUCCUUGCAGAUACAGUAAACGUAAUGUUGAAACAUGAAAUGUAUUAUUGUUUAUUUAUGCCCUAUUGCUUUCGUUGCUAUGUUAUUCUUCUAAUAGUGAAUGGCAUAAUAUACAUUCCAUCUUUAAACGUAGACAA